AUGCGGGAAGCCUGGGCUCUAGGCGGCCGCCCAUGGCUGCCAUGGGUCAGGGCCGGCCCUGUCCUCAUCUUCCACCUUUACACCAGCUGCUGCUUCUUCCUCUGCUACCACCAAGAUGUAGCAAGAGCCGCUGCCACACCCUUCUCCUUCAGCUUCGACUUCUCCAACGGCUCCACCUACCGCUCACACGACCUCCUAUUCGAGGGCAGCGCGAGCCUCAACGGCGGGCUGGUCGACCUCACCUGUAACAACUCGCCGGGCCAGUCCAUGAGGAACUGCACGGGGCGCAUGUCGUACAACCACCCGGUGCCAUUCUACGACGCCGCCGCCCGCGAGGUGGCCAGCUUCUCCACGCGGUUCAGCUUCGAGAUCAAGGCGUUCAGUAACCGCACCGGCGACGGCAUGGCUUUUUUCCUCUCCAGCUACCCGUCCAAGUUGCCGCCGAGCUCCGCCGGGGGCAACCUCGGCCUCCAUGCCGGCGACGGGAUGAACGCCAAGGGCGCAGACCGGAUCGUCGCCGUCGAGUUCGACACUUUCAGAAACCGAUUAUUUGACCCCUCACCCAAUCACAUUGGCAUCGACAUCAACACUGUCAAGGCCUCCGUUAACACCACAACAUUGCCCAACUUCAGCCUCAACGGCUCCAUGACGGCGACCAUCACUUUCAACGGCACCACUCGCAUGCUGCUGGCCUCUCUACACUUUGAUGCCAAUCCUUACGACAUACCCCGUGCAUUCACUACGCAGCUACCCGAUCCCGUCACGGACUUGCUCCCAUCGGAAGUGGCGGUUGGGUUUUCUGCGGCCACCGGCGACCGGGUCGAGCUCCAUCGGAUUAGCUCCUGGUCCUUCAACUCAACACUUGCUCACAAAUUUUAUUUGUGUACUUCAGAAAGAGCUUCUACCAAAAUUUCAGAAAACAAGCUAGCAAAAAGGAUGAAGCAACUGAAAAAAGGAUGUUGGUUAUUGUUGGAGCCGUUGGUUCUGUCGCUGUCCUGGAGAUUUGAUUAUGGCGAUUUAGUCAACGCAACUGGAAGAUUCUCUAAAGACAACACACUUGGAGCGGGUAACUUCGGCAUAGUAUAUAAAGGGACCUACAAUGAUGAAAACGGCAAUCAAGACGUGGUUGUGAAGGAAAUAAAGAAGACUACAGAAGUACUUCAGGAUUUCAUGGCUGAACUCAAGACAAUUAGUGCAACGAGGCACGUGAAUCUAGUCGAGCUGAAAGGCUGGUGCUGCAGUAGAAAUGGAUGGAACCUUGUCGAUUUUAUGUGUUGGUACAGGCAACAAAGGGUUAAACUCUUUCUUGUGUAUGAAUUGGUGCCUAACGGCACCCUUGAGGACCACCUACACAGCCAAGAGCGAAUUCUACCAUGGGAAAAAAUCCUUAAUUUAUUUUACAGGUAUAAAAUAGUUAAGGGCAUAGGGUUUGCACUUCGUUAUCUGCACCACGAAUGCAAUAAAACCAUCUUACAUAGAGAUAUCAAGCCAGACAAUGUACUACUUGAUUAUGAUUUUAACGCCAAGCUAGCUGACUUCGGGCUAUCGAGGAAUAUCGCUAGCAAAACCAAUACAACAUUGGUUACAACAGUUGUAGGGAUAGUCAGAUACAUGGAUCCAGAACGCAUGAAACAUGGGAGACUCAAAUUCGACCGUAAGUACGACGUCUACAGCUUCGGAAUCGUCCUACUAGAGAUUGCAUGCACAUACCGCUGCAGAACCCGAGGUGAUGGAAGAUGCCGCUGA